GGCUACGACUUCUGCUCCCUUCGAUGGCAUUUUGAAUCCACGCAGUCGCGCGCCUUCAGAUGGAUCGCAUACACACUCGCAGCCAUCCGCCUCACAGCACAAUUUCCGAUUCAUAACUUCCACGCAGCCAACAGAUGGUCCAGAUUCAUGGCGAGCCGAAGCUGGAGGACCAACGCAAAGUCAUUCACCUCAAGCCGGCGGUAGAGGGAGAAGCAAGGGGAGACGUGGCGGUCGCGGGAGUCGGAGCGGACGUGGAGGUGCCGCAGCGGAUCCUCACACUGAAGGACAAGAGCAAGUAGCACCACAAGAAUGGGACAAGCACGAAUGGAGCGGCGGUCCCGCGGCUCCCAACGGCUACCACUACAAUCCGCCUGGACCAUACUCGCCCGACAGCGC